CGCCAACCUCGUCCCGGAGAAAUCAAAAGAUCACCUCCACCAAAUUCUCAAUCCGAUUCCCCAAGAUCGACGAUAGACGAACGACGAUCUCCGUUCGGCCGUUCUCAGCACCAAAACUCCGGCGGGGGGAUUUUGAUUCCGGUUAUCGGUUUACACGGAGAAUGAAUUCGGGAGAUCUCCACAAAGUAUGGGAAGUCAGAGCCCUAAAGAGGAAGCCGGCGGCGGAGGAAGCCCAGAAGAUGCUGGAGAAAAUAGCCAAGCAGGUCCAGCCUAUCAUGCGCAAACACAAAUGGCGGGUCAAGCUUCUCUGCGAAUUCUGUCCGAGCAACCCCAGACUUCUGGGCUUGAAUGUAAAUGGUGGCGUGAGUGUAAAGCUUAGGCUCCGCAGACCAAAUAGGGAUUGGGAUUUCUAUCCAUAUGAUCAGGUGCUUGAUACAAUGCUGCAUGAACUUUGUCACAACGCUCACGGUCCUCACAAUGCUAACUUCUACAAGUUGUGGGAUGAGCUCAGAAAGGAAUGCGAGGAGUUAAUAUCCCAGGGAAUUAGUGGAACUGGAGAUGGGUUUGAUCUUCCAGGGAGGCGUUUAGGUGGGUUUUCCCGUCAGCCUCCAAUGACACAACUUCGACAAACUGCUUUAGCUGCUGCUGAAAAGAGAGCAAAAUUAGGAGCGAUUCUACCGUCUGGGCCGAAACGUCUUGGUGGUGAUAGCAAUAUAAUGGAUGCACUCACUCCAGUGCAAGCUGCAGCAAUGGCUGCCGAAAGGAGAUUGCAAGAUGAUAUCUGGUGUGCUUCCCAGUUGGUUGAAGUUUCUGAUGAUGAAGAAGAUGAGCCCUGUGAUGUCGCCAAAGGCAGUUCAUCAUCAACUGGGCAAACUUCCCGUAGCUCCAACCUUAAUAAUGCUGGUAGAAAAAGAAGUCGUGAACCAAGUGACACUUCAAAUUAUCCAUCUUCUACUGGUCGUCCAGAGUCAUGUUCAAGUAACUUCUCCAAAGAUGCUUUAGCAUCUGAAGCUGGAUCUGUUCAUCCCUCAAACUAUAACAUGGAAGUUGAUCCAGGUGCAACUUCUGAUACAGAUGAUCCUGCUAUGUGGGAAUGUGGAACGUGUACCCUAUUGAAUCCACCAUUGGCCCCAUUAUGCGAGCUCUGUGCCACAGAAAGGCCUAGGGAUGAUGGUACCAAGCACAAGUCAUGGUACUGCAGAUUCUGCACCCUCGAGAACAGCACGAAACUGGACAAGUGCUCGGCGUGUGAACAAUGGAGAUACUCCUACGGUGCCCCAUCUUCAACUCAUGCGCCAUGCACAGGUACAUAACAAGAGCUCUGACCUCCAUGGUCCCUGGAAUAUCCACUCCAUGGCUUCCCAGCCCAACUGUGACCAUUCUAAUUACUCUAAGGGGUCUCUCCGAAGAUUGCGAAAUCAAUGAUCAGGUUAGGAUGAUACUACUUUUGUGCUCACGGUUCAUUAUCCAUCAUGUUGACUAGAGAAUGAAUUGAGUGGUAAUGAUCAUGUUUGCAAAUAGAAAGGAACAGCCUGUGUAGCAGUUUGUGGGUAAAGUGGUGCUUCUUUCUUCCUAAGAUAUCCCUUGUUUGAUCCAAUUGAAGUCAGUUCAUACUACAGUGACUCGUGGAUGGGGCAUAAAGGACAAAAGUGAUCCAUUUAUAGUUUUUUACUCUGUCCGUGUCCAUACCUAUAAGUUAAUAACAUCACAUGCUGCUGCUUGCCUGCAUUAUACACCACCGCCUGUAACAAUUUAUGGUCAUUCAUUUCAUGAGGCAAUGAUCUUCUGGUUUCCAAACCCAUGAAGUUUUAUCAAGUCCUCUAUCGUUACUUUGAUGAUGGUCUCUGGGAUUUGAUCUGAUUUAAGCAGCUCGGAUGAAUAUGAACGUAAACAAGAUAAUAUCAGACGUAUACAUCACGAUCCACAAUGUCGAGAGGAUCGAAUCGUUCUUUUUUCCCCACCACAUUUUUUCAGCCCGGGAAAAAUGACUGCGAUUUCCAAUGUGUUGCAUGUGUGUGUUCUUUUCCAUCCUAGUCUAAACUUAAUCUGUUAUUCUAUAUAUAUUACGGAGGCUAUAAGCAACUUACUUAAGAUUUUGAUAUUUAAGCACAUGGAUCACUUUGAAAUCCUAAAAAUACCUAGCUGGAUUGUAAAUGUAUGAUAAUGAAAUCGUACAACGAUAUAUUAAAUUCAUACUGACUUGAUCAUCGACAUAUAAUCUAAGUUUAAUCGAUCCAAUAGAUUGAUACGACAUCAUGAUAAAUGGUGAAACAUAUAGCUUAUAUAAUUAUGGCCAAAUUCAUCUGUAUAGCCAAAACUUUGACGUUUGUGACAAUAAUAGUCACUUUUGAGGAAAUGCCAAUAAUAGUCAGAAUUUUGAAAGUUUGAUGACAUAUACAGCCAUUUCUGUUACAUAAUUUGACGGUGUCAAUAACACUGUUAGUUAAAUUUACAGAAAACUUAUAUGACUGUUAACUCACCGGACACAUCAUUGACAACUCAGCAACACUUGCCACAUGGAUGCCAUGUCAUAUUUAACUUAAAAAUAAAUAAAAACUCAAAAUUAUUUUCACAUCUUCUCUCCUCUCCCACCAGCACCAGUGACCGCCGCCCUUCUCUCCAACUCUCCCUCUUCCCCUGCUAUGAGAAGCAAAUUUCCGGCGCCGACAGCGUGGUGAUGUGACGUAGAAGUGUACAUGAUAGACCAAUAAUUACAAAUGUUUUACCCCUAUUCUUGAGCCGUUUGAGAGGUUGACUCUCGUGUUUUAAGCCGAUUUCACGCGAGGUUGUGUGUUUAUGUCAUAUUUCAGGGCCCGGCGUUGGAAUCGAGGCGAAGAAACGAGUUUCGGGUCGAAAGGAGCGAAGUUGGGUUGAAGUGUGCUAGAGAGCAAAAAUACCCGGCCAUGAACAGAAAUACCCGACCGGGUAUUAUCUGGCCAUGACCGGGGAUUUUCGGCUUUGGGCGUCCGUGAGAAACAGAAGGGGGCCCGGGCUGGAGGCAAAAAUCCCCGACCGGGGAUUAUUGGCCUAGACCAGGGAUUUUUCCCUUAGGCAAAACACGUGUUUCAAUUAUACCCGGUCGAGACCCAAAAUACCCGACCGGGUAUCGCGACAAGGAGCAGUUUUAAAGGAAAAGAAGGCCAAAGAUCAAGGGUUCCGAGUUUUAGAUAGAUAAAGCGAUUCCUAGAGA